UUGUUGAUUGUGUAGUACGGUCUCACUUUGACAACUUGGAAAGCCAACUCACCCAACAGAAAUCCGUGUUUUGAUUAUUUGAAGCCGAAAAAACUUACAAAAUGAGCCGUCAGCAAAACGAAGAGGACACCAACUCGGCGCUGUUCGAUGCCCGCAAUGAAUACUACAUCGGAAACUAUAUGGGUUCCAUCAACUUUGUGCUCCCAGAUCAGAGCACCGCUGGACCGGAGCUGCUGUCGUACAUGUACCUUUCCUACCUGGCCAUCGACUCUGGCCGCAUUGUGGCCUCUGACAUCAAGGAGAACAACACCACGCCCCUGCAGGCUCUCCGACUAGUCCAUGAGGCGAUCGAGCAGCCAUCGAGGACAGAGGAGCUGCUGGAGAAGCUCACCGACAAGGUGGCUGGAGAUGAGGACGAGACAAACAUCUGGCACAUUGCCACUGCCAUCGUUUACUGCCGGGACGGACAGUUUGAGAACGCCCUGAAGAUCCUGCACGGCUCAACCAAUUUGGAGUCCAUGGCGCUGUCCGUGCAGUGUCUGCUUCGUCUCCAGCGAGUGGAUCUGGCCAAGCAGCUGGUUACUAAAAUGCAGGAAAUCAGCGACGACGCCACUCUGACGCAGCUAGCCCAGGGGUGGGUGGCCCUCGCUCAAGGUACCGAGCAGAUGCAGGAUGCUUUCCACAUCUACCAAGAGUUCUGCGAGAAGUUCAAGCCCACUCCGGCCCUGCUUAACGGACAGGCUGUGGUUCAUUUGGGUCUGGAGCGCUACGAGGAAGCCGACUCAGUGCUGCGCGAGUCUCUGCUGAAAAAACACAACGACUACGACACUCUCAUCAACCUUAUGGUCCUGGCCCAUCUUACAGGCAAGCCAUCUGAGGCCAUCACUAGGAAUCUUGAACAGCUGCGACAGUUUUAUCCGAAGAGCGACUUUGUCACCGACCUGGACAAAAAGUCGGCAGAGUUUGACCGUCUGUGCCUGCAAUACGACCUCGUAGGCGAGGAUAAGCUGUUGGCCAUUUAGGUAUAAAUGAAAAUUCCAAAUAUAUAUUAUCAAAAUCUUCUAUCUUUAUGUAUUAAAUUACAAUAAAAAUGCUUUAGCAAUA